CGCCUGUGAAAAAGAAACUUAACUACUGCAGACACAACUCGUGAGGCUUAGCCUAUAUCUUCUAACAUGGACAAGCUUUUACAUUUUUUUAGAAGAAAUAAGAAUGAACCUUCAGAGGCUGGAGGCUACUUGAACAGUGUCCUGCAGGUGCUUUACAUGACUAAAGACUUCAGAGAAAGAGUCACAAGCCACACCAAAAGUAAUCCAAAGACAGAGUACAUUGACAGAGAGCUGAAUGAUCUGUUCCUUGAGUUAGAAGGAAAAGUUGGUUGUACUGUUAAUAUCACAAACAAGCUGAAGAUCCACAAUGUGCAUAUGCAGCAUGAUGCAGCAGAUCUUUAUGAGAAGAUUUUACGUCUGACCAGUCCAGAGGCAUCUGAGAUCUUCCAUGGAAAACUCACUAACAGGAAUACAUGUCUGAAGUGUCAUUCACAAAUCGAGACUGAGGCAGGAUUCUGGCACCUUCCUCUUCCUCUCAGCAAUGAUGAUGACUGCAGUGUGGAAAGGAGCAUUUUGAAUUUUUUCCGCUCGUCAGUGAUCAGUGGAGAUGAUCAGAUGUACUGUGAGACGUGUCGUGAAAAAUGUGAUGCUGUUCUGGAGUGUGAAAUGACUCAUCCUCCAGAGGUCUUAGGGCUUUUGAUAAAGCAGUUUGUGUUUGACCAUACUCUUGGGAAAUAUUUAAAAAUCCGCAGUUUUGUGGAUGUGCCCUUAGUCUUAAACAUUCAGAAUCAGAUCUAUGAGCUAUAUGCAUUUGUUGAGCACUUUGGAGACCAAAGAUCGGGUCACAAAUCUUUAUUUGUAGCUACAAUCAAGGGCCAUGAUGGAAUAUGGCAUACGUUUGAUGAUGCAUAUGUCAUUCAACGGUCUAGGAAUUUACAAUCAUGUCCCACAGAAAGGUCCCAGACAGCAUAUCUACUGUUUUACCAAAGACGGAAAGCUGGUAAAUACAAUGGCCUACUGAACCUAGGAGCUACAUGUUACCUGAACAGCGUUUUACAGGUACUGUUUAUGACUGAAGACUUCAGAGAGAGUGUCAAAAACCAUUUCAGGAGCAAUCCUGGGACAGAGCACAUUGACCGUGAGUUGAGAGACCUGUUCUGUGAGUUAGAAGAAUGUUGGGCUUACACAUACACAUACAACAUCAUGAAGAAGCUGAAGAUAAGCAAUGUGUUUGAGCAGCGCGAUGCAGCAGAGCAUUAUGAGAAGAUUAUGCAUCUCACCAGUCCAGAGGCAUCCCAGAUCUUCCAUGGAGAGCUGAUAAACAGGAAUAUAUGUAAGCAGUGUCAAAAUGCAACUGAGAGUAAAGCAGGAUUCUGGACCCUUCCUCUUCCUCUGGUGAAUGACAACAAUGAAUACAGCGUGGAAAAGGGCAUUGACGACUUCUUCCGUUCUUCAGAGAUCAGUGGAGAUGAUCAGAUGUAUUGUGAGAUCUGUGAUGAAAAAUGUGACGCUGUUCUGGACUGCAAGAUGGAACAUUAUCCCGAUGUUUUAGUGCUUCUUUUAAAGCGAUUUGAACUGAUAUUUGAUGGUAAAGUUUGGAAAAAAGUAAAGAUCAACUGCCUAGUGAAGAUCCCAGACACACUGCAAAUGGAGACUUACAAAUACAAACUGUAUGCUUAUGUGGAGCAUUUUGGAGAUUUGCGAAGUGGACAUUACACUGCAAUAAUCAAGUCACAAGAUGAUGGCCUUUGGUACAUUUUUGACGACUCAAAAGUUAAAGUGUCAAACUAUAACCACUUUCAGUUGGAUCCCACAGAAACGUCCAGAAGUGUGUAUCUUCUGUUUUACCAGAGACAGAAAGCCACUACAUUGACAAAUAUGGACAGACAUCACAGCUCAGAGGAAAAAGAGAAGAAAGUCAGCCCAGCAUCAAAAAGAAAUAUGAAUGGGGGUAGACCUAGAGGGGAGAAUGUUAAUAUUGAUUCUAAUGAUGAUCAAAAUGAAGCAAAGAGAAGGAAGACAAAUAGAAAAGAUGUGUUAGGUCAAGGUGAAUGCCACAAAAGGUCUCAAGUGCCUGAAGAUACUCGUGGGGAAAAGGACCAAAACUUAUAUCCAGUGAAACAAUCAAAACCAAAUGUAAAAAGGCAAUAUGGAGACUCCAGUGAUGUUAAUGUGGAGCCCAAAAUGCUUGUUUAUAGACAACAUAAUGGAGGGCAAUGGGAAGACCAGAAAAUGGCUAUGAGGCAAGAGUUUAAGCACCCACAAUCAGUAGAAUACAGUCAACAAGAUGCUCAAUAUAGAGACAGACCCCCCAAGCAAGUUAAACACAAUAAUAUUUGGGCUCCAAGUCAAAAUGAGAUGCAAUGGGAAGACCAGCCUAUGGUUAAGACGCAGCAGCUUGUUGCAGAAUACAGGCAACAAGAUGAUCAAAGGCAUGAAGAUAGAGACAGACUCCACAGACAAGAUAAUGGCAGUAUUGGUUGUACUCCACGUCAAAAUGAAAUGCAGUGGGAACUGAACAAGAGGCAGCCGUCAAAACAAAUAGAUUAUUCCUCAUAUGAGCAAAACCAAUCAAAGGCCAGACGGGACAAACAACAUGUCAGUCAGCAAGACAUUGGAUUAUCAGAAUACAGGCAAGAUCGACACGAACACUACAGACGCAUUAAAAGCAGUAAUAGUGCUCCAAGUCAAAAUAGGAUGAAUAUGAAUAGAAAUCACCAUGUAUAUCCCUACCCAAGUAUUCCAAACAGAAAAAGGGGAGGGUCUUCAGCCAGAUGUAACGAUGAUAGUUUUCAGGGACACAGGCAGUAUUGUUCACAGGAUGUUCAAUUAGAAAAGUUCAGCAAAGAAAUCCAGGGACAUAAAAUGAAAAAUAAUGAACUAAGGAAAAAAAACCCAAACAGAUGGACAGAUUUACUACCACAAAGACUAUGUGAGGAAACUGUCACAAGAAGAAACAUAUUACAAAGACCAAGCAAUGCAGAAGCCUCAGCCAACUAGGCCUCAAGAAUACUUGGAAAGACUGGAGAAACACCAGUCAAAAAUAUCUCAGAUGUAUAGACAAAAUCAGCAAACAGGUCAUUUGCAAAGACCAAAAGACAGAAGUGAUGAUGAUAGAAAGGGCAGAGGAGGAGAUGCUGAGACCAAACUGAUGUCAAAUAAAAGCAACCUACAAAAUGCAAAAAAGAGCAAUGGCUUCAGAAAUAAAUCUCAUUAUAACAAUACAAGCCACAGAGAAAUCACCUCAGAAAAUUUUGUUUUAACACCAAACACAAAGGAAAUUGAGCCUGAAACAAAUCAUCGCCAAAGCAGGAAAAAGACAAGUUUUGGGGCUUGUUUGUUUAAACCUUUUUUUUGUUGUGUAAAAUUUAAAAGGAAACGCACCAAAUGACUAGGGGUGGAUACCAUCACAUGUAAGGAGUUGUUUAUAAUUGUGCUCCUGGUUUGGGUGAGUUAUUUCCUCAUUCUGCACAACACUAAAAUACUGUAAUUGUUUGUAGAUUAAAAACAAAAAAAAAUUGUGUAUAUUGUGUUUGCACUUAGUAAUUUAAUUACCUAAUUAAA